AUGCCUUCAAAAGGGAAAUCCAAGGCGAAGGCCUCCAAAGGCCCUUCGAAACCCUCCACAUCUUCAACAAUUGAUCCUCCAGCGCCUUUCACGCGACCCUCUCGGAAGCUCGACGAAUUCCUAACAAAGCUGUCGAAGCAGCAUAUCUAUAUCACACAUAUCGAUUCGAAACCGGAGGAUUUCAAGAAGAAGAUAUUUAUGGUGCCUGUUCUUAUGAACCUUUUAAUAAUGGCUGGCAUAUUCUGGCGGAUACGAACGAUUGGGCCUUUCUAUAUGAAGAUGUGCUCCUCGUUGAUGGGAAGGUUCAACGAGACGACAAUUGAUACCAAUAGCAUACCAUGGCAGGACUCUGUGCGGGAGGUACUGCGGCGAACGGGGAUAUUUAUGAUUGAUCUCCUGAUCUAUGUUUUUAUUUGGCCCUGGCCGCGAGAUUUCUUUGCCGGACGCGCGAUUGGAAACCCUGUCACUUGGAGAUUUAUAGUCGGAUUUCGCGACAAAGAGAUCGUUGUUCGGAGGAGCAGGAGGUGGGACUUGAACAUUGGCAAUGUGCUUGAUGAGGACAGUGAAGGAAGUCGAUUGGCGAUGGACAAUGUUAGGAAAGCAGUGGAUCCUAUCUGGAUGAGUGAGAGGACGGGAUAUCUGAUGCUGAACAGGGAAUGGGAUCUGGAUUGGAAAGCAAUGAUACAAGCUACGAAGCUGGUUGACAAGAAGACGAUUUCUCUGGACGAUUUUAAAACAACAGUGCUGAUCCAUCAUGACGAUUUUGGAUGGAUGGCUAUCGAGUCGGCUAGUGCAGGUGGGAGUGCUAAGGAGGAGGAAGGCCGCAGAAAAAUCAUUGCUUUCAAGGAUGAGUUGACUGCUAUUGGAAAAGAGAAUUUGUUUUUCCGAUGGAUCGAGUUGGUCCAAUUCGAAUCUUCUGGGCCAGAUGGCUUUGGACCUGAGCAGCAACGGAAGACAAUGGCCAAGGCCAAGGAAAUGUUUGAAGCUCAAGGGGUGGAUUUUGAUGAGUUCUGGAAGAAGAUUGGAGGGAUGGAAGGAAUGCCUGGGAUGGAUGAGUCGUAA